UAGAUAAAGAGAAAAGGGAGAGAGAGAGAGAGCGAGCCGCCAACUCGAAGCGAAGAAGAUGCAGAUCUUCGUGAAAACCCUAACCGGGAAGACCAUCACCCUCGAGGUUGAAUCCUCUGACACCAUCGACAAUGUCAAGACCAAGAUCCAGGACAAAGAAGGGAUUCCGCCGGACCAGCAGCGUUUGAUCUUCGCCGGAAAGCAGCUCGAGGAUGGCCGCACUCUCGCCGAUUACAACAUUCAGAAAGAGUCUACGUUGCAUCUCGUGCUGAGGCUGAGGGGCGGUAUCAUUGAGCCUUCGCUGAUGGCUCUCGCCAGGAAGUACAAUCAGGAUAAGAUGAUCUGCCGCAAGUGCUAUGCUCGUCUUCAUCCAAGGGCUGUUAACUGCCGCAAGAAGAAAUGUGGCCACAGCAAUCAGUUGAGGCCAAAGAAGAAGAUCAAGUAAACUCUGCAUCAUUUUCUCGAGUAUUUCAGGAUUCAUUGUGUUCAGACUGUUAUUUUUGUUAAUUGGCAUAUCUUCUGGACUUGGCGUACCUUUGUUUUUUAAGACACCUUCAUGAGGCCUUGUUAUUCUUUGUUUAUUUUCCUAGUUUUAUCACACAUCUGAACUCUAAUUUUUCCAAUAUUUAGUCUUUCUUGACAA